AUGCUUAGCUUGCAGCGAAUGCUGCUGGUUGGGCUUGCCCUAACAGCCGCCUGCUUUGGAGGUGCGAACGGAGCCAAAGAUGGGAAGAUGCUUCGGGAAAGAGUGCUUUCAGAGUCUCGGGAACGCCGAUUGAACUCGUUGGACAACACGAUGGGCUACUGCGACUUGUCACUGGAAGAGGCGAUUGCAGUCCAAUUGCUCAUGGACACGAAUACAACUGAUCUUGAUAUCUGGUUUGACAUUGAGGACGAUGGUUCAGAGGAAGCAAUCAGAGAAAUCCGGGAAUUCCUUAGAUUGGUUGAUGCGUUCAUCAAUAUUACCCAGUUCGGAGACCAGGGUGUAUUUUUCACCGAACGAGAAGUACUAUCGUUUAUGACACGCACUGUUGUGCCAGGCAACCAACCCGUCCCUUUCCCCGCAUGUGCUGCUGCAAUCAACUUUGGAAUAGGUUUUACCGUCGAGACCAUGUUUGAGCUCAUGCUCGUUGGGCAAUUUGACCUCACUGACAGACUUGCAGGAUUGGUUGCCAAGUCGACUGACACUGACACAGUUCAAGCAAACAACGAAGAGAUGUCACGAAUUGUAGAUCCAGGAACGACCAUGAAUGUUCUUCUCGAUUUCUUGGCAAUCAUGGCCUCGGGCGACGACAACUUCAGCAAGGUAUAUAGUAUCUUCUUGUUGUAUAGUUUGGUUGUUGACGCCAGAUUCGUUUUGGGUCAGAGUUUUGCUGUGGCACUUUCAGGUUGGAGUGAAACUGCUGCAACAGCGCAAUCCAUUGCUGCCAAGUAUGCUGCUACCCUUGUGACGCAAGGCUGGGAUCAAGAGAUCAUCUACAAUCUGUUGCCUGAACUUGAUGCUCGUGUCACGGCUGAGUAUGCGAAUAUUGUCACCAUUUGCAAUAAUCUUCCGCCAUCUCCUGCACCCACUAUGUUCCCAACACUAAGCCCAGUGGGACUGGAUGGGCUGUUGCCGAUGAUUGCUGUUGCCGAAGAAGGAGGACCAUCUGCGGAGGCACUACGAGCAAGCUGGUCAUCAUUUCGGGGCACCUAUGGGAUGAGACCUUUCUGCCUGAUUCGUGUCAUCGGUGCUGAUGGGGGUAUCUUGAUCCCUCCUGAAAUGGCCACUGAUGACAACGUUAUUAUCAGGACAGUCAACCGUGACAAUAACAAUGCUUUCUUGCUAUCCGAUUGGUUUGAUCUCUGCAAUUUGUAUCGAUUCAAUACAGCGGGGAGAAGGCUGCAAUAUGAGGAAGUUGAUUCGGUUGCUUUCCUUUUGGAUGUGCCAGAGUUUUUUGUCUUGGCCUCCUUGGACCGGUUCAUGAGUCGACUCGCUGGUGCAGGUCUUCAGCUCUUGGAAGCUGACCCGAAUGCCAAUAUGAACUACAUCUCACCCUUUGACCGUCCAUUUUUGGGCACCACUGCGCCUGCCCAAACACCAGUCCCAGCCCCAACCCCAUCACCAAGUAUCAGUUUCAGACCGAGUAUCAGUUUCAGACCGAGUAUCAGUGUAUCCCCAACAACGCCGACUGCCCCCACGCCUCCAUCAACCACCUUACCAACCACUUCAGCACCUGUCACUACAGCCCCUGUCACUGCAGCACCUGUCACAUCAGCCCCUGUCACCUCAGCCCCUACCACUGCAGCACCUGCCACUUCAGCCCCAUCGAUAGCACCAUUCACAUUGGAACUGGAGUUCAUGAAUGUGGGGGACACUAACCAGGGCAUUAUUGGCGCUGCCAGAGACAGGAUACAACAGGUCAUUGUUGGAGACUUGCGUGAUAUAACUGUGCCAAAUAUCAACAACCGUACAGGAUGUGGAUUGACUGGAAGUCGAUUUGUGGAUGAUACUCUUGUCUGUGUAUCAUUCGCCGACUUACAAAACAAUGUUAUUGGAUUCGGUGGCCCCACAUUUACCCGAGCCAGCGCUGGAUUUCCAUUUGACUUCACUACCGUGCUAGGGUUCGCCCGAAUUUCCAACGCGCAGGCUGGCAACCCAGAUCGAGUCAGACUCAUAGCGCUACAUGAGUUCUUGCAUGUGAUGGGUUUCGGGACCUUGUGGGACGAGACCAGACUUUGCAGCAACUCUCUUGCAGUUAAUGCGUACAGCCUCGAUUCCAAUGCCGCGCGCCGGUAUCAAAAUAUAUCUAGAUGCCCUGCAACCAUGCCUGUGCCAGUGUCGAAUUGUUCCCAUUGGUUUGAGGAUUGCUUUGCGAAUAGUGUCGAGCUCAUGGGUCCCUUCGUUGGGAACAGCCCAGCUCUUUCUGAGAUAACCAUUGGUUCCCUGCAGGACUUGGGGUACAGGGUGGAUUACUCAGCUGCAGACCCUUUGACGUUUGAGAAUCUCCAAGCUGGUUGCCGUUGCGGCAACCGACGCGAGCUCGAAAUGUGGCCACCCGAACCCCGACGUCGCCUGAGCGAUGCCGGAAGAGCUGCUGCAGUGAACUUUGGACUGGACCAUCUUGCCCUUCAGAAGGAGAGUUUUGCCCUGUCGGAUUCACAGCCACAAGAUGGACUCCUCUACGUUGGCGACCAGGUUGUUGUGGUGUUCUUUGAAGAAGACGGUGUUUUGCACGAUGUGAUUGUUCGAGCGGACGACGAACCAGUUUGA